AUGAAAGUCACCGGCAGAGCAGAGGCCUCGCUCGAGGUGCUGAAGACCACCUCGAAGCUGAUCCUAAAGGCCAAAGCCAGCACCAUCAAGGAGCUCAGAAUGGCAGUACUGGAAGUUCCAGCCGCGUCGGGUGAGGAGCCUCAUGGUCUAAACAUCACAACCCUGAGCACGAGCGGCCCCUUUCUCAUCGCGGCACUUGAGACUCCGUUGGAAACAGGGAAGUCCUACACGCUGGUCACCGAGUACGACUACGACAAGUCCGUGCGAGGCGGACCAAUCUCCCUGACGGCGGAGCUCGCCAAGAUGCAGCUCCAGAAAGGCGAGGCGCACGCCGCCUUCCCGUGCUUGGAGAGGACCGGCUGGAACGUUCCUGUGGCGCUCACGCUGCAGAUUCCCAAGGGCCACUCCGCCGUCGCGAAUGCGCCCAUGGACGGACAGCCGGGAGGUACUGGCAGCGUGAGCGUCAUCAAGUUCAAAGAUACAUUGGCCAUGCCUCCCGACAUGCUUGCCUGGGUGGCAUUCCCAACCACUCUGAAGCGGCUUGACGUCAUUCCAGGCAAGAUGUCAAUUUACGCCAAAACGAAAAAUGCGGCCCUAAAGGCGUCCGCCAAGAACGCCUUGGAGUUUCUUCUCAAGUACUUCCAGGGCCCCGCAACAGAACCGGUCACAAAGAUCGGUGCGUAUUGA